UCACGUUGAUCUUCAGGGGCGAUCCACAUUCCGUCCGCAUCCACCCAAACGAGCCCCCUUAACAGCUUCCACAGGUGCUGAAAAGACCGAAAGAACCGAUCUGAAUACAGAAACAGCCGACGGACCACGAACAACAACUGCUAGAAUAAGCGAAGCCGCUCUAAAAGAUAAAGCUAGCUAUAUUCGUUUGAACAGGUUGGUUAGAGAGAAGAACAGCCAGGUGGCCGAGUUACAGUACGAGAUUGAGAGGCUCAGUGGGUUGCUCCAUGACCUUCGAUCACAGCUUGAGACUAAGAAUUCGUCUAUGCGAGAGCUUGAAGAGGAACUGCGGAAUAUUCGAGAGCAAGCCGAUGACGCUCAUUACCAAGGAAAGAUUGAGCUGAUCAAUAAGCAGCUAACAGUACUUCAAGCAGAGAACGAGGUUCUCAAAGAGGCCAAUGAGCGACUGGUAAAACAGUGA